UUGAACUACCGGUUAAGCCUUGGUUACACCACGGGUGCAGACUUUCGCGCAUACGAUAUUUGUUUGUUCUUCAAUUGUGGUAUACUAUCAUUUAAGUAUCGGAAAUUGUACACACGCCAAAGCGAAACCCAAUUUUGGGUAUUUACACUUUAAACACUUUGGAAUAUGUUGUGAAUUAAAAAAGUUUAAUUUUUCAAUUAGCGGGGUUUAAGUCAACCCAUAAUAUUAAAUCAGGAGUGACCGGAAUAAUCUACAAGUAUGGCAUCCCCUAGCAGACAAGCGGCGAUAUUGUCAGAAAAAUUUCCUGACAAUAUCUCGAUCAGCGAACUUUGUGACUGUGGAAAUCCAAGAUGUUUUGCCCAGCAGGGAAGGCGUCACAAGCGGAGGAAGGAGGCUAUGCCGAAGCCCCGUCGACUCCGGUCCUAUCCGGACGUAUCCGAUUAUAGAGACACUUUUAAGCAGCCCAAGGACAUCCGCCCCAGGUCAAGUAAGAGGCCACCACCGUCACCCAGGGAUCCUAACCCUCCUGCCAUGGUUUUCUCUACAAAUCAGCGGGAAGACUUCAAAACGCCGAAAGAGACAGGAAGACCUCCAGAUUAUGCACCGAAAGAAGUAUAUGAGUCACCAUCUGUACCUUUAGAAAAGAACACAUACUACACACAGGAAUUUACACAGAAGAAAGCUCUGCCGGAAAUCCGGCGAUUUGCCGAGCCACGGCGUGAGAACUUCCGUCGAACAAGUGCCAAAUUUGAUGGAAGGACUACUUACAAAGACCAGCACAAACAUUGGGUUGGUCAAAAGCAGGUCCCAUUUGGAGAACUUCCUAGUUUUGUAGGGUCUAUAUUAUUCCCAUCAAAGGAGCACGUGAAUGACAGUGUAACGAAACAGUCUUUUCAGGGAGAGUUCGCAAAGCGUCCGGAUUUGAUACGUCUUGCAGACGCUCAUAUCAAAAUGGAAGGCGAACAUAACAUGAUGACAACAAACAUGGAGACAUACAAGGACGUCAAGGGAGACCACCGACCAUCUCCGAUUAUCCGUCAAUCAGAUCUUGCGAAACAUAAACCACGUGGCAAGUUCCAAAGUGAAACUCAGUUCAGCCACGAUUUCCCAGGAUAUAAUGGAGGUCAGCCAAGGCCACCACCGCCAGCGCGGCCGGCUCCAGACACACUAGAUCUGAAGUUUGAUAAUGCUCGGCAUUUUGAAACAGAACAGAGGAAGAUUUACAAGGGUCAUGACGUCAUCCAGAAUCCCGUUCCCAAAUCAUGCAAACUGGAGGACGAAUAUGUACCACCAAGGGAGACAGUUGAUAACGAAACAUGCAACAGGAGAGACUACCGUCCAAUAGAUUUAUCGCGUGCUUACAUUUCACGUGCCGUUGUCCCAGUACAGAAGGUACAGAAAUCUGAUGCUAAGUUUGACGGUCAUACAAGCUCAAAGGAGUUCUUUAGAAACUGGGCUCCAUCUCCACGGGUUCGGUACGGUGACUUCCACGAAAAUAGGCCGUAUAUCCCUCCACAGGAAAAGUUUGCAGGUGAAAGUGUAGCUCAGAGCUCGUUCACACCAAAGAGAUAUGAGCCGACAAAGGACUUCCGACCGGAAGAUAAACCCGUAAACAAAGAUGGUGAUUUUGACUUUAACACUGUUACACACAUGACAUAUAAAAAGCCGGAAGUUAAACCAUGUCGUGCUGCAGUAUAUCUAAUGCAACAGGAAUUAAAGCGCCAACUGGCAGCAGGUGAGCAAGCGAGUAAUGCAACACCAACAGGGCUGACAAUUGCUGCCAAGUAGGCCACUCAGAGGAAACAAUUUCGGAGCAUAGCUGUUAAAUUUCUAUAUUAGUAUCAUUUUUAAUAAAGUGGUUUUUGAGUCCAAAGGUGCAAAACAAACGUACAAUGUUUUAGUUUUUAUCUUUAAUGUUCAGUUCAGGGUAUCCAAGGCAAUUUCACAUUAUGGCCUUACUUUCUGUGAUAUUAUUCCAUUAUGUCUGUGAUAGCGAUACCCAGUUUAUUCUUUAUGUUUAAUAUGCUUUGUUUAAAAGGAAUUGGUCAAAACGAAUGCAACAUUCUAGGCCUUUGUGUUACUCUGAAAAAAUAUAUAUGUGGACGUUAGGUGAUGAGAUUAUGAAAAAUAGGGUAAUGAAAGUGUUUGUAAGAAAAGAUACGUGCACGUUACAAACUGCAUAGGAUUUUGGUUUGCAACGAUAAUCUUUGGUUAACAAUACUACAGUUUUACAAAAUGAAGAUAUUUUUGUUCAUGUGGAGUAGUAUUCAUUCAAACUGAAAGGGUAAAACUGCGUCAUUUCAAGCCGUUCAUAUCGUACAGUGGGUUAACACUAAAAAAAAAACGAAACUGGUCGCUAAACGUAUCAUUUAUGGUGCGUUCUUCAACAGUAGUGCUUGCAUGUGUCAUUUUUUUUCACGAAUUUAUUUGAACAUAUUGCGCGUUGAUUUUGUAGAUGCUACUGAGUGCAAAGCGUGUAAGAUUUCGCAAUUUAAACAUCAUAAAUUUCAUAAUAUGCAUACUCUUCUUUUUCCAACUCCUAAUAAUAUAUAUUUCAUUUACCACUAGCCAUUGGUUGAAAUUUUAAUAAGUGUAUUUUACAUAAGAUAUUUAAUAUUUGAAUGGAAUUUUCGUUUUAUGAUUAAAAUGAUAAUUCCAGAUGCAUUUUGAAAAACUGUCUAUGUCAACACAUGUAUAAUGCUUAUAAAUGUUUUGAGUUUGAAUAAAAAAUUAACGAUA